ACUCACAGCUCACCCUCCUCUGCCUCAGGAAUUCUGGGAUUAAAGUAUUGCACCACCAUGCUUGACAUUGUGCCCUUGAAUUAGCUAGCUCUGUGUAAUUACAUCAAUUUGCCUGCAGAUUUUCUUUCAGUUUUCUUCAUUGCUGCGUGGACUCUCAUGCGCACAUUUGCCACAUCUCCAUCAUCCGGACAUCAGCCGAGGAGCAUCCAGGCUGAUUCUUUUAACUAUCGGGCUAGAGCAGCAGUGACCAUGCGUGCGUGUUUAUGGUGUCGUGUGUGGAUUCUUUCCACUAUUUGUGGAGAGAUGUGUAGCUUGCAUAUCAGUGUGUCUGUUUCCUACUUGUGAGGCAAGUGCACAGUGAUUUGCUUCCUAAUUGCAACAGUCUAACCUCCCACCAACGGUGAGUCAGUAUUCACUUUCCUCUCCUCUCCGUGGAGUGAGGUCUUCAGGGUGGCAUGGCAAAUUUGUAGCUGCGUACCUAGCCUUGUAGACUUCUGCUUUAUUGUUUUGUUAUUUAAAAACCCAACAAAACUUCUUAAUUAUAUGUUUUAUAGGAUAUAAUAUAAAUAUCUUAAAUAUAAAUGACUUAUUUUAUAUUUAAGUCCUUACAUUCCCAGCACACCUGACUCGUAAUUUCAGGUCUUUUUCUUUUGCUGUUUUGUUUCCUUCCUUCUUUCUUUUUUUAUAACUGAGUUCAGUUUAUGCUGUCCAAAUGUGUGUAGCCAUCCACAGGACCAUGGGCAACAUAUUUGUGGCCUCACUCCUUAGGAAAAACUGACUCUCUACCCCGACAACCCCCACUCCCUAAGGCAUCAGGUGCUAAUACCUUCUUAGCUAAGGGUGGCUUUCUACUCAAAUUUUUGACUGACAGGAUCUGAAGUGUUUGAGACAUUUUGGAAUUUAAUAUACAGAUUUCAGAAUAUCUUGUGAAAUUGCGCUCAUUCUCAAUAAGGGUACUUUUUCCCCCUGUGUCCUUGUCCGUUGACCCUCUACAAAACUGCCGUGUUCAUAUUUGGCAUAGACAGUUAUUAUUUGUGUAACUUAUGGGGUAUUCAUUCAAGAAGAAAUUCGAUGUUUCCAACUGAAUACAAUUAGCAAUGCUCUAUUAAAACAACAAUAAUGAACAUUUCUAGGAUAAAUUUCAACUUAUCACAUUAAAAAGUAAGACUGAUUGCCUGUCUAUGCAUGCUCUCCUCUUCAUUAACAGGUUUUUCCAAGUUCUGGUCUUGUCCAAUUUAAACUAAGAGGAAAAAGGGGAACUACUUCGUCCCAGGUCACAUUCUUAUUGGGCUGAAGAGGCACCUGGAACCUGCACCUCCUCAGAACUUGCAGUCCAGUCAGAAUGAGUACACAAAAAGCUGAAAAGAAUCCAGUCCGACUUCAACAAACAACACUGUGUAUGCUAUCAUAGUAUCUGCAAAUUAUGGAGACAGUGACCUUUGAUGAUGUGACUGUGAACUUCACCUCGGGAGAGUGGGCUUUGUUGGAUUCCAGUCAAAAAAGCUCUACAGAAAUGUGAUGAAGGAAACGUUUUUGAACCUGAUCUCCAUAGGUAAAAAAUUCCACACGUUCCCAUUGCUGUUUAUGUGUGUAGUGCUUGUAUUUGAAUUAUUUAAGAAAGAAUGUGGUGAAUUUGUUUACCCAUAUCAUAAGAACUAGGUUGUAAUAAUUUCUUAUGUUGAAUAUGGAUGUGUAUUCUCUGGAUUCUUUUCUAGAAAAAGCACUAGAAGAAAAUAUUGAAGGGGACUAUAAAGACAUCAGCAAGAAUAUGGGGUAAUUUAUAUUCAGUAGAAACUAAUUUAUAUAAUAUAUUUGGGACUCAUGCGGCAACUGAGAACCUGCCAAAUGUUCCAAAUGUACCUCAGUGAAAAAUGAUUCUACAUGAGUUCCUAUAAUUGAGCAUUUAAUUGUAUCAUUCAAUAUUUGAGUAUGUCAUGUGUAAUCUGUUAAUAUUACAAAUAUGCCAUAUGAGAUUGAGCCAGGAAAGAGGGUUUCCAGUGGAUUAUUAUACAAAAACAUCCCUUCAUAUGCAAACGGUUUUACUUUCUGUAUAUACUUAUGAGGCUUUGAGCAUAAGUACUGCGCUUUGUUUAUUUUGUUUUGCUGUGACAACAAAAAGACAACUCUGGGGUGGAGCCCUGUAGCUUAGACUUCCUUGUUACAGUGCCAUCAUAAAGGGAAGCCAGAGCAGAAAUUGAAGCAUGCAGGAAUCUGGAAGCAGGAACUGAAGCAGAGGUGAUGGAGAAAUGCUGUUCACUAAUAUAAUCUUCUUCCAUUAAUUACCUGACUUAUUCAACCCUGGCCCACAUCUCUAGGGAGACACCACCCACAGUGGGCCAGGCCAUUCCACCUCAUACAUUGUUCAAGACAAAGCCACCAGAAACAUGCCUAAAUGUCAAUCUGGUAAAGCCAUUUUCUAUUUUCUAGUUCUCUUUUCCCAAACGUGUGUCCUAGUUUGUGUCAAGCAGACCAAAACUAACUACAAAAGCCUUUCAUACACAGAGCAUGACCUCCUGACCAUGAGCACACUACCUAACAUAGUCUAAGCCCUCCUUCAUCAAUCAGUAAUGUGACAAUGCUUGCACAGACUUGUUUCCAGUCCAAUCUGAUUGGAUCAUUUUCUCAACUGAGGGAUCCUAUUUUUCAAUGACCAUAGAUGGGAUUAGUUAGUUGAUAACUAACUAACCAACACCGGCUGAGUAUUUAGAAUGGCAACAUGCCAUAGUGUUUCACAACUUUAUAUGAUUCUUAUUGCUGUCUACAAACACCAGGACUUUUUCCUUCAUGUUCACUCCUUUCUUAUCUCUUAAUUGUUUCAUGUGUCUGUGUAUGUACACUUAUGAUCUUGUACAACACCAGUGCCAAAACCAUUUGUGGGAAGCAGAAAAUGGCAAGAGAACCUUCAAGUGUAACAGGAACUUGUUACAUGAGUGCUGGUCAUCAAAUCUGGUCUGCUGGAAAAGCAAGAAUUAUUCUUAACCUCCAAGCUUGGGAUACAGCUCCUCCGUAUUUCUUAGAGCAUCAAAGUCAACACUACCUCUUUACACAUGACAAGGUCUUUACGUGUGGUACAUAUUUUCUUUGAUAUUGGUAUCAUUCUUCUCUUGCCUCUGAGAUUGUAUACUUGUGUUCUACACAGGCCCACUUCCAGCAUUUCUCUUGGCUGCAUUAAUGCAUUUCUCAUUUUUUUCAGAACUCAGAUGAUUGUGCAAAACCAUAGAUAUGAAUGUCAUACUGUGGGUGGUAAAAACCAGCAACCUGUUCCAGAGUAUAUGGUCAAUGAAGGCAUGCCUUCCAGAGUAAGAGUUCAUGAGAGUUCUUUGCAUGCAAGAAACAUCGUUGGUCAUUCACCCUCAUAUAGGUAUCUCAGAGAACAAACUAGAGGGAAACCUCCAAUACACAAUGGAGCUGUGACAAAAGCUUUUACACAUCAGAAACAUUGGAAAGAUAUCAGUCAUUCUGAAUCACUUCAGGUACUUGAAACUUCUAAAGAGAAACCCUGCAAAAAUCAACAAUGUAAUGAAGUCUGUAGGAGUCUCUCUUCUGAUCAUCCUCAGGAGAGAAGUUACACUGGAGACAAGCUCAAUGAGAAUGACUCUAUGAAAGACACAUAUGGCCAAAAUAAUGCAGGAACCCAUGAAGAGGUGAGACAUUUUGUAUGUAAACUCUGUGAAGAAUCCUUCAUUGAUUCUAGUGACCUCAUCAACCAUGAAAAAAGUCAUAUUGAAGAGAAAAAGUACAUUUGUAGGCAAUGUGACAAAACAUUUAAAUAUGCAAAAUAUUUUGAGAAACAUAAAGUAACUCACAAAGGAGAAAAGCCGUAUUCUCAUACACAUGUUGGAAAAGCCUUCACCAUUUCCAGUACUCACAAAAUACAGGAAAGAAUUCACACAAAAGAGAAACCUUAUACAUGCAAGCAUUGUGGAAAAGCCUUUUUCCACUCCAGUCACCGCAACAUCCAUGAAAUAAUUCACACUGGAAAAAAGCCUUUUGCAUGCAAGCAUUGUGGAAAAGCCUUCAACAACUCCAGUAGCUGUAACAGACAUGAAAGGAGUCACACUGCAGAGAAACCUUAUACAUGCAAGUAUUGUAGUGAAACCUUUUUCUGCUCCAGUAAUCUGAACAUCCAUGAAAUAAUUCACAUUAAAAAGAACAUUUAUGCAAGCCGGGUGUUGGUGGCACACGCCUUUAAUCCCAGCACUCGGGAGGCAGAGGCAGGCGGAUCUCUGUGAGUUCGAGACCAGCCUGGACUACCAAGCGAGUUCCAGGACAGCCUCCAAAGCCACAGAGAAACCCUGUCUCGAAAAACCAAAAAAAAAAAAAAAAAAAAGACUUAUGCAUGUAAGUAAGCGUUGUGGAAAAGCCUUCAACAGCCCCAGUAGUUGUAACAGACAUGAAAGGUAUCACACUACAGAGAAGUCUUAGUCAUGUAAACAUUGUGGAAAAGCCCUUACCAACUUUAGUUCCUGUUAGGCUCAUGAAAAGAGUUCACAUUAGAGAGAAGUCUUAUGCAUUUAAACAUUUGAAAAACCUGCUCCAGUUACCAAAUAUUCAUGAAAAGAUUCAUACAGAAGAAAAGACUUAAAUGUAACAAUAUUCUUCCUGCUAGCCUGGUCCCAGAACCACGUCAACCCCAAUUAAUACACAGAGACUCUAUUAGUUACAAUGCUGCCAGCCAAUGUCCAGGGCUUCUCAUUGGCUAGUUCUGUCUUAAGUAUUAACCCAUGAACUUAUAUAAGAACUUAUCUUUCCAAGGACA